UAUUAGAAGCAGUUAGGUGUAAAUUUGAAUAUCAGUUUAUACUAAUCUGUAAUAAGCUAUAUAGUCCAUGUCAUACUAAAGCUAGAUGUAUAGAAUGUCUAACUUUAUCAACCCAAUUGUUGAUAAACAUAAUUUAAAAGUGCAUUUUGAUAUCAUCAUAUUAAUAUAAUAUAAGUGCACCUGUGUAACUUUAUGUAGAAACACAGCUAUUAUUUAAAGUUCCAAAAUCAUUCAAGUCCUAAUAUCAAUGAAUUUUAUAAACAUGAAUUUUACAAAGACAUGUUUUAGUAUGUAUAUCUGAAUUUAGCAAAGAUCAAAAUACAAAGAUUUCACAAACAAAAAGUUAGCAAACUUAAUUUCACGAUUGAAAGAAUUUUGGUAGAAACCUAGAUAGAAUGUUCUAUCGUUAAAAUGAUAAUGUCCUACGAACCCGAGGGCCUGUCCCGAGACACAGUUUGAUUAUUCUAACUAGUAGAAACCUAGCUCUCACACUUGUCUGAGAUGUGACAGCUAGAUCUGCCUACUUGGGUAUGAAUUGAUCAAUUGGUGAAAUAAACUACAGAAAGUUGGAAAGUCAGAGGAAAGCUUUAUAACAUUAAUUUACAUGUUCAGUAAAAUGAAUGAGAGGUAAGCUUAACCAAAUCAAAAGAAAAUACAAUCCUAACAUCUGACCUUAAAAUUCAUAGAUUGCAGAAAUCAAUUUCCACUAACUGUUAAUUAACAUAGUGAAACAGGAAAGAGGCUUCAAAGUUGAUCAUUGGGAACAUUGAGAAAAUGCCACCGUAAAACAAUUAAUUUCAAUUAUGGAUUCAUAUAUACUUCGAAAAUAUGUCAAUCCAAAAAGUAAAGAAAAUUCGCAAUCAUAAAAUCCCAAUGAUUUUAUCAUUUGCAAAACCCUAAUAUUAUACUAAACACAAUUUUAUCAUUUGUAAAACCGUAAUAUUAUACUAAACACAUGUAGUGACAUGACAUUAGAUGUGGAGCCAGGGCAGAGUAUGAGAACAUGAAAACAAUGCUAACUCUCAACAAUCUCAAUACAAGGUAAUGAAAUAUAAAUUUUUAACUUAAUUGUCAUGCUUCAAGUUAUUGUUUUUAAAGCACUGUUAGAGCAGGAUAUGGCUGUCAACAUGAUUUCUAAUAUCAACAUUUUACAAAUUUGCUGCUUGCUGCAGUGACAUUGCUUUUGGUUUUAUGUUUGAAACUGUUAAAUAAAAAAAAUCCCUUUAUCCUAGUUUUAUUCCUCACUGUCGCUAUGAUAUACGUACAUGUAGGCAUGCAUGUACAUUUUCUUGUAUGGACCCUAUUUGAGAAAUUCAAAAUCUGACAGUUUUGCACUUACUAUUUGUAAGAGGAUUUCCAGAAACUUUAAUCAACAUAUGUAAUACAUUGGUAGAUUUGAAUCCUGUCUUGUAUACUGCACAUGCAUCCUGCCCUCGUUUAUACCAUCAUUCUGAAUCUUCUUUUAUACAUAGUCCAUGCCUCUAGCUUUUGAUGGUAUUGACUGUAUAGCGUUUUCUUUUUCUCUCACUAAUCAAGUUUUAUAUUUUUCAAAUGCAGACUUUAACACUCAAUCUUUUUUACUUGUCAUCUGGCCCAAAACAAUAAACUGAAAAUAGACUUAAGGUAGCUCACUACACUAAAGCUUAUACCUUUAUGACACUACGUCACAAGAUGGCGAUUUAUAUGUUUUGUGAAAUUAUUUGUUUUGAUGGAUUUGUUUGUCUAUCAUCGUAGCUCAGUGGUUAAAACAUUGGGCUAGUGAACCGCAGGUCUCAAGUUCAAAUCCGCCAACCUUUUGUUCAUAUGUGUUGAAAUAAAUUUUUGAUCAUCAUAUUUUUAUCCAAAUUUGCAUAUUUUCUCUUUUUGACAUAUAUACUUUAAUAUUAUAUAUCAUCAAAUCUUUUAUGAUUAAAUCAAUACGGAAGUUCCGAGUUCCCCAAGAGUUAUUUCCCGUUAACUCUUCCAUAAAUCAUGACGUAAAAUAUGAUGACAGUGGGUACAUUUGCUAAUUACUAUCGUUGUAUUAUUUCUUAAAAGAUGAUAUCCAGAGUUUCUGAGACCAUCCAAUCUCGGGGAAAAGGCAACUUUAGUGAGUUUAUGAGUAUUAGAUAACAAAAUGGCUCAAAUAAAUAUUGUUAAUUGCCAUCUUUCUUUGAUAAAAGCGUCACUCAUGUAGAAGAGGAAACGAAUAAUGAUUCAAUAGCCAAUUUGAUGAUUUUAUUCAAACAAAUUAUGCUUGAUAUGGCCAGAAUAUGCAUACCAGUGAUUGAUAUAAACCAAAAGUUACGCUUUUAUUACAUUAAUCGUACGUAAUCGUUAUGUACAAUGCCAGUCUAAGAUAUAAUGUAUACAUUGUGUACCCACCAUACGUCAUAAAAUGCGAAAGAGUUGGACAAAGGGAAAUAACUUUGGGGAAAUUCAGAACUUGCGUAUUCAUAAUGAUUUGAGAAACUAUUUCAGGGUAUAGUGAGCCACCUUAACUCAAAAUUUUGAUUGCUUCUUUAAAAGAUUUAUCUAGCACAGAUAAUUUUAAAACUGCAGGUUUAUAAAAAAAAAAAAAAAAAAAAAAAAAAAUUCAAAUGCAAACAUAUAUUAAAAAUUUUAUUUGUGUAUGAAAAUUAUUUCAAAGGUUAGUUGGAUUCGAAAUUGAGCCUUUUAGAAGAAUAUUCUCAACAAACUUCAGGUUGUUCAGACCAAUUUUAGGUUGUAGUUUGGCCAGAGACAAUUUACAACUUAUGAAUUAAACUUUCAUGUUUUCAAUUCUAAAUGAAAAGCAAAACUUAAUCUGAUUGUAUUCUUGGGCUUGGGGUAAUUUAUGGAGUGGAGUUGAGUUGUGGAGUCAUGGAGUGGAGUCAAUGAAUAAAAUUCAUGUGUAUAUAAUAACCAUUUACAAACCACAACACAGGACUUUAAUAGAAAUGCUUACAAAUAAAAUAAAAGAACAUGCAUUACUGAAGGAAGAAACUGACCAUGAUUUCGCAACUCUUAACCAGUAAUUGGAAUAGCAUUAGCGUAAUUUGACUAUUAGCAUAGAAUAAUUGCACUUGAAUUAUGGCCAUGAUAAUUAUGCAGCAUAACUAGCCAAACAAAUAAGAUAAAUUAAAAAAAAUUCAUGUAAUGUCUUAGCCCCUCUUACACUGCUGUGGAGAGAGGCUAAAGCCCUUCCAUUUUAAUCUGUCUCCUGUGCUAUCCAGAAAAAUACUAGAUUUACUUCUGUCAAUUUAUCAAUAAUAUUGAUAUGUUGUAUCAAUCUAUAAUUCAUCAAAAAAUACUCAGCUAUUUUAAUAAAAACACAUGAAUCGGAAAUGCCAUUGCCAAGGCAUGCAGGGCACAGUGUUAAAAUGAUGAAGUGAUUAUCUGACAUUGCAGGUCAUAAAUUUGACUUCAUUCUUGGCAAUUGUGACAGGAAAAUUUUCCUCCCAUCUAAGGGGAUGAAGGGGCUUUGACAGAUGUGUGUGCAACUAAAGUAAAACAAACAGAUUGAACCAAAUUCCAGCACACCUAUUUGUACCAGAUGAGGAUGUUGAGUUACAUUACUCUAAAAUAAAGAGUGACAGUUGGGGAAUGAUAAAGUUAUGAAGCACAGAGACUCCUCUCCAUGACUCCACAACUCCAUUCCGCUCCACUCCAUAAAUUACCCCAAGCCUUUUGGUGGGUGAAGUGGCAUAAUUGUUCUAAUUAGAAUGGGGAAAAAACCCGCCUCCUUUUGCAGCUAUCAGUUUUUCAUAUAUAAUAUAGGCACCGUGUAAUUUAUGGACUGGAGUUAUGGAGUGGAGUUUGGAGUCAAAUUUUGGAGUCUGUUUUUUCUCUUUUCUUUAGUUUAAGUUUUGCUUUCAAGCAAAAACUUAAAUUAAUUUUUUUUGUGGUUUUGUUUGUUAAUAGAAGUAGUGUUUAAUGGAAUCUAAUUUUGUGUCAUCUAAAGCAUGGGCACUAAUGGAACACCCUUCCAUUGUCUGUCUGUCCCUCUGCCACUAGGUGACACCUUAUAUCUAUUGAACUGUAAGAGGUAUUAGUUUAAUAUUUAGCCAAGACAUUAUGAAAAACACCAGCAUCUCUGAAACUGGGUGUGAAGUAUUCUGACCUUUCACUUAAUUGGAAAACAAUUCUAUGAGCUAAUGUAAUCUAACAGAGCUUUCAUUUUCAAUUAGUAUGUUACCUAAAACAGUGACAGUUUAUUCUAUGUUUUAAUCAAAUUUAACUGUUACAUAAAUAAUGACCACCAUUGCUUUCAACACAUAAUUGGAAGGUGAUAAAACCCCUAAACUAAAUUUUAUCUUUCUGUCACAUCUUUGUUAUGUCUGCUAAAACUUUUAUAGGUUUUUUGACCACACAGCUGUACAAUGUAGGUUAAUAAAAUGUUACAAGGUUGUUUGAUUUUUGCAAAUUCGUUCAAAUAGCUACUUCCAUGGUUUAUAUGCAUUUCCAUAUAAUCCAUAUUGAGGAAGAUUAUUCAAUGAUUUUUCUCUCGUUUACUUUAAAUAUGCAACUAUCAACUUGGUUUCUUAACAUGGCACUUUAAAAAGAUUAUCAAUUCACAUAUACAUUUACUUAAAUAAUAUACUUUGCUAUGCAUUCAAUAUAUUGGUGACUCAUGUUGUUCUGCGGAAAACUAAGUUAACCCAACACUAGGUCACAUAGAUCAAAAUUAAACGGUCCUUGUUCACAGUUUACUCAGGGUGUAAGGAUUCUGGGCUUUCACUUAGAAAAUUAUCUAUGAGCUAAUGUAAUCUAAUAGAGCUUUCAUUGUCAAUUAGUGUACUAUCUAAAACUGUAACAGUUUAUUCAAUGUUUAAUAAAGAUAAACUGUUUCAAAAACAAUAAAUACUUUGCUUUAAUUGACUGGAGGUGUGAUAUGACCCGUGGCUGAUUUUGUUGUUCUCGGGCAGCAUUUUAAUGAAGAUAUUUUACAUUGCAUCUGUCUGUUAGAAUUAUUAGGUUAGCACAAGGGAGAGAAUGCUUACAGAAUAGGAAUGCAAGAGUGCAAGUUUUUGAGGGAGGGAGUGGACUAUCACUACUAUGUAGUGGUAUAAGUGUAUAACUUAUUUUAAAUAUAUUUUUGAUAAGUUCAGAUAACCAAAUGAAAAAGAUUUUUCUAUUUGUUUUUAUUAUUUUCUAUAAAGAUAGGACUUUUUCUGUUAAUUACACAAUUUAAAUCAAUCGUGUUUCAAAGAUAUAAAAAAUCUAAAACAAUAACCGAUUUAUUUACCGACUCCACAAAAAUAAUAUAUUUGAAUAACUCCGCCUUAAUUUGAUCCCACGACACUAUAUCUAGGCAAUCAACAAUAACGGCGAACAAUGAAAACGAGGGGUAGACCAGCGAACACAAGCAGUUUAACAGAUUUAGAGAGAAAAGCGAGGAAGAGAUAGGGAGAUAUGGAGAGAAGUAAAGAGAAAAUUAUGCUAUAUUAACAAUAUUAUGUACAUUCUUCCAUCAUGGCUUAAUUCUGUAUUUUCCCGCAGUCAUGCGCCUGGCGGAUCUUAUUAAGAUUCAACAGAAAAGUUGAAUGUCAAUUUAACUAUAGAAACAAGAGGUUCACCGAGUUCAAAAUCGAUGAUAAUUUUAAUUUUAGCGUACAUAACAUAUACCAUGUAUAUCUACGCUCAAUUUCAUAUCAUUUUUUAAGCUCAGAUACGCCAUAUAUAACUUUAAAAAUUAAUUAAUUAAUAUUCUUAAAAUUUUAUGAAAAACGGUAGGUGUAACACCGAAAAAUUGCUUUCUUUGCUAUAAACUCUGAACCUAAUAGCUCUUGAGAGGCUUGUUAACACAUCUAAUGAAACUGCAUUUAAACAACCAGUAAGGCAGACUAAAUCUGUUGAUUAAUUAUGUUCAAAAUAUUUCCAAAUAUUUUGAAAGAACCGUAGUUAUUUCGUCAGUAUCAUGUCUAUCUAUUCACUUCUGGUUUAAUUUUCCCAAGUUCUGACUACUUACAUAAGUGUCAGAAACAUAAAUUUUAACUGGGUCAUUGUUCCUGUGAAUUACUAAUCAGAUGUGAAGCAGCCAACAAUCAUACAAAAAUAUUGAAGACUUUCAAACUAAUGCAAAUUCUUGAACGUCUUUUUCCAUUCAUAUUUUUUAAAAAUCUCAGACUCCAAAAUUUGACUCCAAACUCCACUCCAUAACUCCAGUGCAUGAAUUACACGGUGCCUAUAAUAUAACCCUAACCCUGGACAAAUUAGGUUUUAUCAGAAGUAUGGGUUGGAUGUUCCUUGUGAAAUGACUUUGUGUUGAGAUUUAUGGACCCCUGUGCAUGCAUGAGGUCAGGGUGAAGCGUCAGAAGAGUAGCUCAGCUUAAAUGCCUUUGAGUCAUCAGAUUUUUCGAUUUUCCCACAAGAACGUACACCUUAAAAAUGUCAACAUUGAAUAUCGUAUUUUGUGCAGUUAUGACAUAGACUUGUAUAUUAAGUUUUGAAACAUGGUACACAAAUGAACAUUUAGCAUUCAUUCACCUCCUGUUGAAUUCGAUAUUUACAGAAGUCGGUAAAAUGAAAAUUACAGGUACCUUUUAACUUGUUCUAAAGUUAAAUAAUCCUGUAAGGAAUUUCUCUCAGUCCAAGAUUUCUGAAUGAUGGCAUUAUACUUGUAACAUUUAUUUAUCAGAACAGCUAAGUGAUAUAUAUGUGCAUGUUCCCCUGACAGAUUGUUGAUAUGAGAUAUACAUGACGUACCUAGCUGGGGACACUCACCUAAAGUUAUCAAAAUGCACUAUUGAACUGAUCAAAGUCGGUCAAGGUGUUAAUUGUCAAGAACAGUUAUUUAAUCUCACAAAGCAAUGAAAUUGACAGAGAAGAGACACCAUUUCUUGUUUUCUUUCCUUGCUGGUUACCUCUGUGACAGAAUUUGGAUUGAUUAUUCUUGAUUAAUUAAUUUCCAUUCAGCUAGAUGACAGGAAAGGGUGCUAUGUAAUACUGGAAAUUGAAAAUGAGUUGAUUAUACAGACCUGCAGCCAGCUUCCUGCUGUAGUGUUUGGAAUUUUCACAUGAUACUAGAAUGAGUGAUCCAUUUGUAUCAAAUGUCUUUGAUAUUUUUAAAAGCCAGGAUUAUUGUCAUCAAGAAGUCGCAGAACAAUGCACACUCCCUGAGAAAUGUCAAAAGGAUUCACAGGCUGUCCAUCUGUCACCUUCCUCGAUACAGAAAUUUGUGAAGAGCUUCAAAAAGUUCAAGUUCAAGCCGCCUUCACCAUGCAACUCUUCAAGAGGAACUGUAUUGAAAGACGAACCAGUGGACCAACAGCCUCCCACGAAAAUGCUGAAGUUAGAGGAAGGCCAUUGCUCUACGAGACCAGACUAUAAUGAGCCGUUUUAUGAUAUCAUCUCUGAUGAUGAUGAUCUUCCGGAUCUGGAAGAAGAGUCAUGGAAGACAGGGAAGGUGACGGCAGAGGACGGGGUGAAGAAAACACAUGUGCUGGAGAGCCCAGAAUCCCCCACCCCAGAGAGCCAGAUGUGCUCCACCUCCCUCAGGUUUAAUCUACAACCCAUUAGAGUACCCCUGUAUGAAGAUAUUUCCUCAUCAGAGAGUGAUGGGCCAAUCUACGAGGAUAUAUCUGAUGAUGAUGAUGAAAAUUGCAAAGCAGAAGUUGACCUAAGGAAUGACAGCAGUGUGAUAGUUCAGUCGGACAAGGACGACAACUCAGUCAUUGUGAUCGACAGUCAGGAUGAAAGUGUCAAUAAAACUCCACAGAAAUUAGUUCACCAACAGGAGUCACCCUUCAAAACAACGGAGAAACAAGACAGCCCCUCCACUCCACAGAAAUUAGUUCACCACCCGGAGUCUCCCUUGAGAACAACGGAGAAACAAGAAAGCCCCUCCACCUCACCCUCCGCACAAUCAUCACCAGGGGUGGAGAAUUUGUUUAAUCAAAAAAUCAGGCAAAAGUUGGCAGGUAUUCUUAAACAAAUUAAGCCAUCCAAGUCCAUUGUUAAUGAUGGCUGUAGUUCACCUCUCCAGAGGACAAACAGUGAGAGUUCAUUAAGUUCGAUGGUCAGUCAGAAUGAGAGACAUUUUCUGGAUGUGUUGGGUAAUGGAACAGUUGGAGCAGAGGAAGCGAAUGCUGGAAAUGUUGAUGGUGGUUCAAGAAACUUGUCAAUCACUGACAAUAAAGAUAAAGCUAUCAUCAAGAAACCACAGUAUAGGAGAAAAGUUCACUUGAGAUGCAGAACUCAAACAAGUAGUGAGGAGUCAGAGGAGGACAAAAAGAAAUUUAAAGGCCCCUGUGUGUUGGAAUUGUUAAAACCGCUGAGGAUUAAUUUUCUUACAGAUGAUGUGGAUGUCGCCCUGAGUCAGGUGAUGAGCGAUCUUCACAUAAACACUGUCAACAGUUGCUUUGAAGAGGGCAUGGAUUUUCUGGAACAGGGUCUUCAGUUUAUCCAUGAUUUUUUGGAUAGUUAUCAGAUUCCUCAGAGUAUGUUUAAGGAUAUAGUGAUGAUUGGAUUGAUAAAGAGGGACACACGCAUAAUGCUGAAAAGCUACAAACUGUUGUUAAUCAUUCAUGAGAAAAAUCCUGCUCUGUUUUCGAAAUUGGAAUGGGACACCGUGAAAACACUCAUUGAGGAACUAUCAAUUGGACGAGGCUUGUGGAACCAGGAACCAGUCAUUCUUCACAUGGUGGGUCUAUACUUGAAGGUCUUGAUUAUGGCAUUCGAGGAGGAACUACAUAACAGUAAUUUAAAGGACCCACGGACAGUCAGACAGACCAAUGUGUACAAAAUCCUCUCUUAUGACAGUGGGUACAUAAAUCUAAAAGAAGUAGUCAACUGGAUCAGGUGUUCGAUCACCAGUGGGGAAUACCCAGAGGUGCGAGACACUGUUUACUUAAGACAUUUGGCACCUGAGCAAGAUCUCAAAGAUCUGGACUUGCGUAGACAAGAAACUCCCAAGAUGCUACCGUUACUCCAGAAGCUGGUAUCACUUGGAAUUUCUGUGUCCUCAUCUCCCUUGGAAUGUGCCAAAAUUAUGGGCUCAGAGCUGUUAAAAACAUAUAUUUAUCUGACAAGUAUUAAACACAAACGUUUACUUAUUGAAACCAUUAGUUCAAAUAUACUGAGAUUUCGUCUUAUUUCUCUGGUGAUAUUAAAUCACUGUGAAGAAUCACUUGAACUGGGCUAUGACUUCCCACAGGAUUUAAAGAGUAUUUACGAGUGCUAUUAUUGUGCCUUGCCACCGCGAUGCUCGCCCCUGACUCCGCCCACCACACCCCAAUCGGAUGAGGAAAAUGAGCAAUCGGGCCCCCGAGUGGAGCACUACUCUUCUGUACAGGUGGAGGAGCUAGCCAUGAUUCUUUAUUACGUCACACAGAGUUAUCUGCAGUGUAAAAAGAGAAAAGGUCACAAUGUUCUGAGAAGAAAAGCACAUAUGAGUCUACAUGAACUGAACAGCCUAUCUGCAGAGGAUGAGAGAGACUUAAGACAGCUUCCUGCCCAGGUGGAAGAAUUGAGGGGGUACCUGCUGACUCUUACUAGUGAGCUCACUGACAAUACACACCUGUAUCUGAACCUCAUGAUGUGUCUGUCAUAGGUCAGACAACACACCUGUAUCUGAACCUCAUGAUGUGUCUGUCAGGUACAGACAACACACCUGUAUCUGAACCUCAUGAUAUGUCUGUCAUAGGUCAGACAAAGCACCUGUAUCUGAACCUCAUGAUGUGUCUCUCAGGUACAAACAAAGCACCUGUAUCUGAACCUCAUGACGUGUCUCUCAGGUACAAAGCACCUGUAUCUGAACCUCAUGACGUGUCUCUCGGGUACAGACAAAGCACCUGUAUCUGAACCUCAUGACGUGUCUCUCUUAGAUAGAUCACUGGCUGCCACUAUGUGCAUGUGAUAUGUUAAUGUCACCAUCGACAGAUAAGCUGUGACUCUGGAUUAAGGGAUUUCUUAUCAAUGUGCAAAUGUUGGAAGGAGAGUCAUUCACACUGCAGAAUAUUUUUUUUUUUAGACAUACAAGGAAACCUUGAAUUCAUUCGCAUCAUGUAUCUGGGUCAUUGUGAAAUUGAGAGGCAUGGAUAUGAACAGCUUUAGUUAUAAUAUCAGUUACAAUAGUUUGUCCCAACAUUUUUGUUUUAUAGGUCCAUUUGUACAGGAAUGUUGUAAUGUGAGAAGUGGAACGUGAAUUAGUUGUUUUUUUUAUGUUAUGAGUAGAAAUGUAGACUGAUAAACAGAAAUGUGUUAUUAUGAUACAUGUAUAGUCCCACAUGCCUAACUGGUAGGGGGAAGGUGCGUGAUGUCUGGCCAAUAUAAUCUUGCCCUAUUAUUUUUAAGUAUGAAAUUUUUUGAGGGAAGCAAAGAUUGUUAUUUGUCUAGUAGCACAAUUUGUUUAAAAUCAGAUCUUUGUUCUGCACAGGUAGUGUCAUAUCAUCACUGGAGUGAUCAAAGGUCUGAUUUUAAUCAGAUUGUCUUGUAGUAUUAGGACCGGUUGUAAUUCAUAUCAAGAAACAGGCCAGAUUUGAUAAAGCCUCCUAUUACUUGCCAAGAUAAAAGGUCACAUCCUCAUUUAGAUCGCUAUGAUAAUUAUAUAGCAUUUGACACCUGACAUUUCAAAACUAUUAACAGCUUCCUCCCAUGCUUUAUGAAACCUUGGACACAGUAUCAGGACAGUGCAACAGUAGUAUUCGUUUGUUUGUUUUCUUUUACAUCUAUAAGGGUAAGAACAACAAUACUAUUAUUUGUCACAAUAUUCCUUCUUUAAUUUGCAACCAUGCUUGUUUGAGGUAGCCCUGCCCUCGUAUGACUUAUCAAUAUUUAUGGUUCAGAUAGAAAAGUAUAUCAAUCUCCUCUUAAUCAUGUUGAUAUAGUUUCAUUUAAUCAAUAACCAAAGAAAAUGCACAUAUGUUACCGCCAUUUUAAAGAUAUCAGACAAAUAUUUAUCAGCAUCAGAAAAUAGCUCAUUAAACAGCAUAAUUAAAAUACAUAUAAACCUCUUAAGGUCACAUUAAUUUCAACAGUUUAAGGAAAAUGCCAGUUUAUUAUAAAUAUAGAUAAAUUGAUUGUGGCAUAUAAGGGAAAUCAUUGUGUAAUAGACACACCAUAGAGAAAAUACCAGCAUAGGAGUUACUGCCCUUGAUAACAUGUCAGUUUACCAAUUUUUUUUUUUUUAUCCAGUGAAUAACCCCCCCCCCCCCCCCCCCCCCCCCCAAGAUAUAUUUCUAUCAUGCACAAAGUUUAAUUGAAUAAAGAUAAAAGUAAAACGUAUGGCAUCACAAGAGGGUGGAGUUACAAAUGUGCCUCACUUUAGAUUCAAGUCUUGACCCUAAUCAUGAAUCUGUAUAGCAGAUUAAAUGAUACAAGCAUUGCUGUAUGAUAUUCAAGUUAUCACAAAGCAUGGUUAAAUUUUGGGGCCACAGCUUUCAUUUCUUGGUGCCACUGUGGGCAAGACCAAGUGUUGGGGGUGACCCUUGAGAUUUUUGUCUCUAUUUUAAUCCUGUGUAUGAAGUGAUCUGUAGUUUAAUCUGCAGUGUUAAUAAGUAAAUUUUAGUGACUUUCACUGAUACUCCAUGAUUUUGUGUUCAUGUAGUUACAGUACAAACUGUAUACCAGUUAUUUAUAGUGCUACAGAUAGAGUCUAAUUAAUUGUUUUAGUUUUGUAUUAGGUUAAUUAUUUCAUUGUUGAAUUAAUUUGUAUAAGUUGUACGUGCACCGUUUUUUGGGUGUUUUUUUUUUUGUAUACAUGUAUUGUCUCAGAAAAUCAUAGACAUUGCAAAAAGUAACAAGUGGAUUUCACCCUGUUUUCAGGUUUUUCUUUUCUUUUCCAUUUUACCUCAACGAAUAGUAAACAUAAACAAUUUCAGUUUAACAUAAAGCCUGAAAUUAAAUUUUCUUCAAAGAAAUUAUAGCAAUAAAUCAUUGCACUUAGUACAUGACCUCUGAACAUAAAUGUCUUAUUUAUGAUUUUUCAUAGCAUUUUGCAGUACUCUUUGUGAAUUUUUAGAUAAGAUUGCAAUGUCUACUAUUUUCAGGACAUCCUUUGUAUAAAGUUAGUGACAAAAUAAUAUAUUUUUGAAGCAAAGAAAUGUUUGGAAAAUAAUCAAAAUUAAACAACCUUCAUUAUGUAAUCCCCCCCCCCUCUCUCUCUCUCCUCUGAAUAAGAAAUGGCCUUCAUUAUGUAGGGCCCCCUCUCUCUCUCUCUAAAUGAGGCAUGCCUCUAGAUAGCUGUCAGUUGGCAGAUUUGCUGUGAUUUGUAGAGUUCAGUGUUGGUAGAUUGACAUUGACAAUAGGACCUUUGUAUGUUUGGAACUGCUGUCUCUUUGUUACGGCACAUGAUAAUUCCUUAAUUAUAUUUUGUUUUUUGUUUACUUUGUUACUGCUGUCUAUUUUUUGUUUAUUUUAUCUGGCGACAAUCAACGCAUUGACAAUUUACAUUUGAGUUCAAAAUAACAUGAUAUUUUUGCCGAUUUGACGGUCCAAGCUUUAUAAUGUCAGACUUGCCUGUCUUACUCCUAGCUAUAGAACAGACUGGCAUUUUAACUAAUAAGAAUUGAUGAUGAGUGAUAGAACUGUACUUUAUACUCAUGGCGAUUAAUGUGGGGUACUCGGUACCCGUUGUCUUUACCUGUGCAGGUGUGUAGAAAUAGAGUUUAGGAGUUAGGUACACCGAGAGCUUUCAUCCAUUAAGGAAACUCAGUUUCUCCAGGCAUGGUAUUGUUACACAUUCAUUCCACUUGGUCAUUUCCAUUACAGUAAAACUUGCUUAUAAGGGAUUCCUUGGGGCAUUUUCUUUAUUCCCCAUGUCCAUAAAAGGAAGUUUUUUGGGCAUUUAAACAUGUAAUUAAGUUCUUUAUAUUAUAAAAAAUAAAUAUAUUCUGGAUAUACUGUAGGAAAAUAACACUACACGUUUGGAACAGAAUUAUGUUUAUUUACUCAUUACCUGUAUCACCGACAUAAACAUGCGAUAAGUUUGCAAUUAUUCACAGUUGAACUGACAGAACACUUGGAUUUGUUUUCACUAUGGUCACUAUAACAAAUCUAACGAGGAAUGAAUUUCCUUUAAACAAAGAAUCCCUUACAGCUGAGUUCAUUAUAAUCAUUCUUUCUUGCAAAAUGCUUCUAUAAACAGAAUGUCGUAAGUGAGUUACUUGUAAACAAGUUCGACUGUAUUUUUUUUUAACAGUUUCAUGUUACACAUUGCAGUGACCUCAUUUUCAUGCAUUUUCAGUUAUUUUAUGAAAUUCGGUGUAUUAAAAUCAUUCCUGUAUGUAUUGUGUUCCUAUCAUCUAUUUAAAAAGUUUUAUAGUGGUGUAUCUGAAUUUGUAUUGUGAAUGUUUACAUUAUUAUGUCAAGAACAUUUAUAAAGAGACUUGGUGCAAUUCAUACGUAUAAACAAGUCUGAUUUUUGUGUUUGUGUUUUUAUAGUGUACAUUUAAAAUUUACAUGUAAUGCAUUUGAGAUAUUGGUGACAUAGGUAUUAAGUUUGACCAAUAUUUCUCAUAACACCCUUAAACACUUAGUCAAUCAGCACUUAGUCUGUUGUAUAGAAGAAGAAUUAACAAAUAUAGUAUACACAGAUAUGUACUCUGGAGACAUAUUUUUUAUAUGUUUGUACUUUAGUAAUUUCAUCUUUGUCAGCCUGUAUGGAGACCAGAGUUGUAAAUGUUUAUUAUUUCUGUUCCCUGUUUUGUACAUCAUUUUUUACUAGAGAUGAGAUGAGAAGAAAGACACUCUUGUUUCUUGAAUAAAAUAUACCUUUUCUGGUUAAA